AUGAUACUUCGAGUCAUCGAUACUUCCCAUACAACUGUGCACUUCGAAGGGAGGUAUAAUCCAAACAAGAGUAUUAUUAACAUAACGGUAUUACUUGUACAGGCGUACUUCAUAAAGAAGAGUACCACAGAUAUAGUCCAACUAAUGAAGCUACAUAAGGACGGAGACAACGCUAUCCAUCGUAUUUUGAAUAUAAGGAUAUUCAUUAUGAAACAACACCUAAAGGUGCAGCUUAGUAUGAUAACACUAGAGGUCAUGGAAAUAGUUAUGCUACUAGGACUUCCAUAUGACAAUACCAUGAACAUCUCCAGAUUGGGAACCUUUGAAAAUCCCGACACUUUAGUACGAUUUAAAUGA